AUGUAUAUGGUUGGUCUCGGCUCUGGUAUACCUGUUAUAUUUUUAUUCCCCAUGAUCAAUGCUCUGGCUCGAGCCUAUGGAAUGAACUUCGCUAUGUGGUUGGCCAUUGGCAUUCAACCAAGCAUAGGAUUGUUUAUUAGAGCAGCUGCUCCUAAUUGCGCCUCCAUUGGAGUAACCAAUGGCAUUGUCCAGUUCAUUAACGGGGUAGUGAGGAUUAUUGCACCAGAAGGUCGUGAUGCGUGGCUGGCAUACUACUUUUUCAUGGCGCUCGCAUUUCUCACUAUUGGUAUUUCUAUGGUCCUGCCUCGUGAUCCUAGUCUAUGA